CUCGAGUUACCGGCUCCGGCUUCCAGCUCCGGGUCCCCGAGCCCCGGUGGCAGCAUGAACGGCGAGGAGCAGUACUACGCGGCCACGCAGCUUUACAAGAGCCCGUGUGCGUUCCAGCGGGGCCCCGCGCCGGAGUUCAGCGCCAGCCCCCCCGCUUGCCUGUACAUGGGCCGCCAGCCCCCGCUGCCGCCGCCUCCGUUCCCCAGCACCCUGGGCGCGCUGGAGCAAGGCAGUCCGCCGGACAUCUCCCCGUACGAAGUGCCCCCGCUUGCCGAGGACCCCACGGCCGCACACCUCCACCACCACCUCCCUGCUCAACUCGCGCUGCCCCACCCGCCCGCUGGGCCUUUCCCGGACGCAGCCGAUCCAGGCGCCCUGGAGGAGCCCAGCCGCGUCCAGCUGCCUUUCCCGUGGAUGAAGUCUACCAAGGCUCACGCGUGGAAAGGCCAGUGGGCAGGCAGCGCCUAUUCGGCAGAACCCGAAGAGAACAAGCGCACGCGCACCGCCUACACCCGCGCGCAGCUCCUGGAACUGGAGAAGGAGUUCCUUUUCAACAAAUACAUCUCUCGGCCCCGCCGGGUGGAGCUGGCUGUCAUGCUGAACUUGACGGAGAGGCACAUCAAGAUCUGGUUCCAAAAUCGCCGCAUGAAGUGGAAAAAAGAGGAGGACAAGAAGCGCGGCUGCGGAACAGCCGCCGGGGGUGGCGGGGACGGGGAGCCGGAGCAGGACUGCGCGGUGACCUCGGGCGAGGAGCUGCUAGCGCUGCCGCCACCGCCGCCCCCCGGGGGAGCUGCGCCACCCGCUGUCCCCGUUACAGCUCGAGAAGGCCGACUGCCGCCAGGCCUUAGUGCGUCACCACAGCCCUCCAGUGUCGCGCCCCUGCGGCCCCAGGAACCCCGGUGA